GACCUUCGCCGAGCUCAUGCGAUUCGCAAAAUCUAACACGAGGUAUAGUUCGACCGAGACACCUGUUUCUAUACGUAAACCCGGCUUAUUCAGUUUGAGAAAAGAAUGGGACAAAGAAACUAACGUACCAUAAUGGCUUAGGUGCUCUCCGCCCCACAUUUAACAUUAACCUCCCCCCUACUUUCCCUCUUUGUGCAUUAGUAUAUAAGCUCCUCAACAGCCUCUUCCCCCUCUUUGCUAUUUAUUGCCUGUCUUAUCCUUUCCCCCUAAAGUUAAUACACAUGGCCUGGUAUACUAGAAAAGCACCGCCGGCCGGCCGCCUCAUCCCGGCCGCCGCCCUCCUCCUCCUCCUCCUCCACCUCUCAGCUGCCUCCGCCAUCGGCGUCAACUACGGCACCCUCGGGGACAACCUCCCCCCUCCUGCCCAGGUCGCCAACUUCAUCAAGACGCAGACCAUCAUCGACCGCGUCAAGAUCUUCGACACGAACCCGGACAUCCUCCGCGGCUUCGCAAACAGCGGGAUCGCCAUGACCAUCACUGCCGCGAACGGUGACAUCCCUGCCCUCACGCAGAUCGGCUAUGCUCGCCAGUGGGUCGCCACGAACAUCGCGCCUUUCUACCCGCAGACGAACAUCAUUAGGGUCCUCGUUGGCAAUGAGAUACUGCACUGGGGGGACGAGAGCCAAGUCUCGAACCUUGUCCCGGCAAUGAGGACCCUUCGCGAUGCGCUUAACCAAGCUGGUUACGGGGCCAUUCAGGUCUCAACAGCACACUCCCUCGGCUUCAUCGAGAACGCCGACAUUCCGAGCAUGUGCCGCUUCAGGCCGAUGUACGAGCGGGUCCUUAGGCCGCUGCUUCAAUUCCAUCGUGAAACCAAGUCGCCAUUCAUGGUCAAUCCUUACCCGUACUUCGGCUACAGUCCCGAGAAGGCUAACUACUGCCUGUUUAAGCCCAACCGUGGCGUCUAUGACAGGGGCACCCGGAAGAUGUACACCAACAUGUUCGAUUCCUUGCUCGAUGCAGUCCACAUUGCUAUGCGCGUUUACGGGUACGGUGAAUUGGGGAUCGUUGUGGGUGAGACCGGGUGGGCCUCUCAGGGUGACGCAGGCCUUGCCCCGGGCAUGGACAAUGCCAUUGCCUAUAACGGGAACCUGCUGAGGCACGUGCAGUCGACGGGCACCCCGCUGAUGCCGAACCGACGGUUUGAGACCUACAUUUUCGCGCUGUUCAAUGAGAACCAGAAACCGGGUCCUCUCGCGGAGAAGAACUUCGGUCUGUUUUGGCCAAACUUCUCGCCCGUCUACAAGAUUGGCAUCCUACGCAGCGAGCAGGCAGCUCAACGUCAAGGGCCUGCAACACCAGCCCCCGGCCUUAGGCCUCGCCAUGGAGGGCACCACAAGAGAGGGGCUGCACCAGUUCCAGUAGCAGGGAAGCAGUGGUGCGUCCCUAAACUGGGAGUAAGCGACCAAGCGCUUCAGUCCAACGUAAACUACAUCUGCAGCCAGGGCAUCAACUGCCAGCCGGUUCAGGCUGGUGGACCAUGCUUUGAGCCCAACAAUCUGCGGUCCCACGCCUCCUUCCUCAUGAACUCCUACUACCAGACUAAGGGACUCUUCCCUUACAACUGCGACUUUGCCGGCACCGGAAUGCUUACUUCUACUAACCCAAGUUACGGUGGGUGUAAGUUCAUGUGAGAUCAGUCGAAAAAGAAACUAAUUUAAGCACAGUGCGACGUGUGCAGGGAGAUCAGCUUCUGCAACUUUGUACCAUCAAUUGUAUAAUUUGAUGAUUCACCAUAGAUGAUUAUGAUUUAUGAAACUUCAUAUCGUCUUAUGAUUUCAGUUUGUCCAGCAUUGCGACAUGUCUAGAACAUCACAGAUUGUAUGUACCAUGCCACAGAGAGCCAGUUUCGGACUA